UAUCCGAUUAAAUUCACCUGUUUAUGACACUUUCAAAUGGCGGUGAGAAUUCUAUGGUGUGGAAGCAAAGUAAAUAGACAGGACAUUUACGAGAGAUAUGGUGACCUGAAUUACAAUUGACACAUGCCGAAUUGAAGCGAAGACUGUAGAGGCUGAGAGAACAUCACCCGGCACACCCUGGUAAUGCCAAAACUCAUGCGAAACCUCGGGGGACUCCAUCACCCCGUUGAUUGAUUAACGCGGCGGUUGUUAACAUCUGAGGAGCUUCUCGGGGGCGGGCGGCGUCUCCCGACGGCCCUGAUCUUCUGCUCUUUGAGCUGCUGCCAAGGUUUCAGGUGACAAACGCUCUGUCACUCCAAGAAGAUGAGAUGACUGGCAGUCUUGGCGGCGGGAGGGGGGAGGAGGAAGGCGGAGGAGGCGGUGAGGCGAUAAAAAGGGAUGGAGCAGGAAGUGCAGGCAGAUCCACAAAACGACGAAGACGCUUUGGAAGUGACUGUGACAGACAUGCCUGAGCUCCAGGAGCCUGCCAGUGAUGGUGAUCAAGAUACAGCAGCGCCUCCUGCUGGUGAGUGGGCAAACUCUGAGCCAAGCGACGAGUUGCCUGCUGAUGAUGUCGCUCCGGGUGAGGACCCUCAGCUGGCCGAGCUGACCGGCCUGUUUACGCUCAAGCCGGAGAGCGCCACUGCCACCAAAGGGCAGGAUGUGACAUUCUCGGCCAAAGUGGAUGCGUCCACCCUGGUGAGGAAGCCUACCAUGAAGUGGCUGAAGGGCAAGUGGCUUGACCUGGUCAGCAAAGCCGGCAAGCACUUGCAGUUCAAGGAGACCUACGACAGGAACACAAAGAUCUACACAUACGAAAUGCGAAUUGUGAAAGUGGUGGACGGCGACGCAGGCGGGUAUCGCUGCGAGGUGACCUCCAAGGACAAGUGUGACAGCUGCACUUUUGAGGUGUCCGUGCAGGCUGUGGAAGAGCAGCACCAGGACAACAUUUUGGAGGCCUUUAAACGAUCUGGCGAUGCAAACGAAGAUGCCGGUGACCUGGACUUCAGCGCUCUGCUCAAAAAAAGGGAGAAGAAGCAGCAGCAAGCUCCCCCCGAGGACAUGGACGUUUGGGACAUCCUGAAGUCGGCCAAGCCGUGCGACUACGAGAAGAUCGCCUUCGAGUACGGCAUCACCGACCUCCGUGGAAUGCUGAAGAGGCUGAAGAAGAUGAAGACGGUGGAGCCCAAAAAGAGCGAUGCUUUCCUGAAGAAGCUGGAGCCUGCCUACUCGGUGGACAAGGGCCGCAGGAUCCAGCUGUGCGUGGAAGUAGCCGACCCUAACGUCCCCAUCAAGUGGCUCAAAAACGGACAGGAGAUCAAACCCUCGGCCAAGUACGUGUUCGAGAGCGUGGGCAACCGGCGCACGCUCACCAUCAACAAGUGCAAUCUGUCAGACGACGCGGCCUACGAGUGCGUGGUGGGCGAAGACAAAUGUUUCACCGAGGUCUUCGUCAAAGAGCCACCUGUGACCAUCACAAAACUUCUGGACGACGUCCACACGGUGGUGGGCGAGAAGGUGGAGUUCGAGGUGGAGGUCUCAGAGGAAGGGGCGCACGUCAAAUGGAUGAAAGAUGGCGUGGAGCUGACCAAAGAGAGUGCGGCUUCCAAGUACAGAUUCAAGAAGGACGGCAAGAGGCACAUUUUGAUCAUCAACGACGUCACCAAGGAGGACAUCGGCACCUACUUCGCCUUGACCAACGGUGGAGAGUCCAAGGCUGAGCUGGAAGUGGAAGAGAAGGAACUGCAGGUUCUGCAGAGCGUCGCCGACCUGACGGUGAAGGCCAGCGAGCAGGCCGUGUUCAAGUGCGAGGUGUCUGAUGAGAAGGUGACGGGCAAGUGGUUCAAGGACGGUGUGGAGGUGCAACCCAGCGAGCGCAUCAAGAUGACACACAUUGGAAGGACACACAAGCUGACGAUCAGCGACGUGAAGCCCUCCGACGUGGGAGAUUAUACCUUUGUUCCCGACGGCUAUGCACUCUCCCUGUCGGCCAAGCUCAAUUUCCUGGAAAUCAAGAUUGACUAUGUUCCCAGACAAGACCCUCCCAAGAUCCACUUGGACACGAGCGCGACAGGGAGCAAGAAUACCAUCACGGUGGUGGCCGGCAACAAACUCCGCUUUGACGUGGAGAUCUCGGGGGAUCCCCCGCCGCUGGUGUGCUGGAUGAAGGGCGACGAGACGGUGAGCGACGUGGAGGGGAGAGUCCGUGUGGAGACCAGGAAGACCCUGAGUAGCUUCAUCAUCCAGGGGGCGGAGAAGGAGGACGAAGGCUUCUACUCACUCACCGUCACCAACCCUGCCGGAGAAGACAAGGCAGAGCUCUUCGUCAAGGUCGUGGAUGUGCCCAACCCUCCCGAAAACGUCAAAUGCACAUCGGUGGGCGAGAACAGCGCCACCAUCGUGUGGGACCCUCCCACCUUUGAUGGCGGCGUGCCCGUUAAAGGUUACCUGAUGGAGAGGAAGAAGCUCGGCUCGUCCAGGUGGACCAAACUCAACUUUGACGUGUACGAGUCCACUACGUACGAGGCCAAGAAGAUGAUCGAGGGCGUCCUGUACGAGAUGCGCGUGUUUGCCGUCAACGGCAUCGGCAUCUCGCAGCCCAGCUUCAACUCCAGGCCCUUCAUGCCCAUCGCCCCCACCAGUGAGCCCACUCGCCUCUCGGUGGAGGACGUGACCGACUCCACCUGCGCUCUCCGGUGGCUUCCUCCGGAGAAAGUGGGACCGGGCGGCAUUGACGGCUACAUCAUUGAGUAUUGCAAAGAAUCUACUGACGAGUGGGUACGGGCCAACAAGGAGCCAGUGGAGAAGAACCAGUACAAGGUGAAAGAUCUGCCGGUGGGGGAGAAGAUGCUGUUCAGGGUGGUGGCCGUCAACAUCGCCGGUCGCAGCCCCCCCGCCGUGCUCUCGCAGGCCGUCACCAUCAGAGAGAUCAUGGAACAUCCAAAGAUUCGCUUACCACGCCAGCUGAGAACCAAACUGGUGAAGGUCGUCGGGGAGAAGGUCAACUUGGUCAUCCCCUUCCAGGGUAAACCUCGCCCCGUGGCCACCUGGUACAAAGAUGGCGAAGCCCUGGAGGAUCGAAGCGUGGGUACACGCACCAGCGAGGUGGACUCCAUCCUCUUCAUCCGCUCAGCCCAGAGGGUCCACUCGGGCACGUACACGCUUGCCGUGCAGAUCGAGAACAUGGAGGACCGCGCCAACAUCCGCAUCCAGGUUGUGGAAAAGCCGGGCCCACCCAUGGAGGUGCGCGUUAUCGACGUUUGGGGCUUCAACGCCUCGCUGGAGUGGAAGCCGCCCAAAGAUGACGGCAACGCAGAGAUCAUUGGCUAUACGAUUCAGAAGGCCGACAUGAAGACCAAGGAUUGGUUCACUGUGUAUGAGCACAACCGGCGGCCCAAUUGCACCGUGUCCGACCUGGUCAUUGGUAACGAGUACUCCUUCCGAGUCUUCAGCGAGAACGUGUGCGGCCUGAGCGAGGACCCUGGCGUCAGCAGCAGCACGGCGCUCAUCUGCAAGACCGGUUUGGACUGCAACCGUCCACCCUUCAAAGAGAAAGACCAGAGUGCUUGUCCGAAAUUCACAGCACCCCUAGUGGACCGGAGUGUGGUGGCGGGCUACACAACGGCCAUCAGCUGCUCCGUGCGCGGCUACCCCAAGCCCAAAAUCAUCUGGAUGAAGAACAAGAUGAUCAUCGGCGAGGACCCCAAAUUCCUGAUGCAGAACAACCAGGGCGUGCUGACGCUGAACAUCCGCAAACCCAGCCUGUACGACGGCGGCCGCUACUCCUGCAAGGCCAUCAACUCUCUCGGCGAGGACGAGGUGGAGUGCAAGCUUGAGGUCCGAGUGGUCAAGGAGAAGGAAGACGUGAAAAAAUGAGGAUGGAUCCGACUGGACGACCCGCUGAGCAAAUAUGAUUUCAUGCGCCGUCAACUGUUAGUUUCACAUCUUUGUUUGAGGAUAAGGGUCCUUGAAGUAUAUCUGCUGCUGUCAUCGCUCUUUCUGCUCUAACUUGAGAUGCCACCGGCACUUCCUGUCACGUGGUAGUUGAAUGUCGGGAUCAAAAGUCAAGAAUUAAAUUGGAACAAUUCUUCAAAGUUGUCAAAAGGACUUAAUUUGACCUUGUUUCUCUUUGCUGUCGUCAUCUGCGGAGGUUGAAAACAGUGACGAUUCUGUUUUGACAAAGUAAGGCGUACAAAGUACAGAUGUUCCUUUUCAAAUGGAGUAAGGGAGUAUAAGUACAAAGCCCUGAGAAAAACAAAAAAGUUCAGACAAUUCAAAAAUCUACACUCUGGUGACUUGAGUUGAAUUUGUUCCGUGACCCCAUUCGUCACCCAAAACAGUUGUAAAUUAUUUUUUUCCCAAUUGAAAUGAAAGGAAAUUACGUUAUUCUGUUGCAGCCUGGAAAAAGAACACAAACAAAAGUAAUUUUGAAGAUGAAAAAAUUGCACUCUAAAGUGUUGCACUUUAUGAAAACGUACAGUAUAAACAUAAUAGGACCUUUUUUUAAUGAAUUACAUUGAGCAGCUCCUUCUGUUGUUUGGGAUCAAGUUAAAAAAAUAAAUCCUCAAUUUCUGUAUGUUAGACACUCACGAAACGUAGUUGGUUUGUCAGAUGAUAAAGAAUCUAUGAGUACGAUAAUAUUGCCGAUCUCCACGUGUUGCUGCACUGUUUGUGUUCAGAUACCCGUUGUCAAAAAGUGGUGCGACACCACGACGUUGAUGCCGUUUGCGUUAGCCCGUAUGACUCAUUUUGCAUUGUGUAUUAGCAUUAAGCUAGCAGACUUUUGUAAGACAGUUAUCAAGUUUAAUUAAAUACGCAACAUGUAAUCUUCCUUGCUCCAAUUUUGAAGUCAAGAGAGCAUUGGAACUGUACUUGCUUGUUUCCCACCACUUUCUUGCUUAAAAGCUAAUAAAGCCAUGGUGCGCACGCGCGCACACACACACACACGCACACGCACACACUCACACACACACUUGGUGUUGAGUGUUGACCCUUUGGUGCAAGCAGCGGGUAUCGGGGUCUCAUUAGGACGGAACACGAGAUGCUCAUUAAGGCACCCCGACAACAGCGGCCUAAUUAGCUCUCAGUUUUUUUUCCCCCUGCUCUUUCCCGCGUCACCACUAAGCAAACCAAUUAAGCGCUAAUUCGCGCGGCCGCAAAACAAACACGGCGCAGCCAAGAGGGAGGACGGUGAAACCCUCGCAGAGGUGACCGCUCCAACCAAAACAACCAAAUCAUGUUGGAUCAUCGCUGAGAAAGGAAAUGAAUGAAUAAAUACACGGAAAAUUCCGAUAAUUUGAGAUGUCAGCGGCAUCGCGUUGAUGUCAAAGUGAACAUAAAGGGUUUUAAAAUUCUGUUGGCGUUCAAAUGCGUAUCUUGUUUUCAAAAUAGAAAAUUUGUGCAAUUUGGGUGAUUUAUUUUUAAACUGAUUUCAGAUCAAAUUUUAGUUCUUUGUUGAUUGCAUUUUCUCAACCCCAACAUGUGUUAGAAUUCAACUUACUGGAAUUGAAAUUUUUAUUUUUAAAGACGAAACUUAUUUACAUGCUAAAGACAAAAUUAUAUUGGAUCUUAAAAACGGUUUUGACGUCGAAAUGACAAACAGUGAACAAAAUGUUUUUGAUUGGCCGCACGGGAGACCUGUAGAGCAGCAACACUGCAAAUGUUUUUGGUUUUCUUCCGCGCUUGUUCCUCGGAUGAUUGACACAUGAAAGUCCGACACACACAAAGACACGCACACACUCCUCGCGGGGCUUCAGGAGAAGAAGAACAGCAUGUCACCACCUUAGCGCGCACACGUGCCAGUCGCGGAUGCUCGGUUGCUCGGCGACCGCAUCUCUGUGUACGCACACACGAACAUCACUCCAGACUGAGGGCAACUUUCAACGCACACUAAAUUCCGAUGACCUGAGCUCAUAGACAGAGACACACACACACAC